GUCACAUUUGGUGAGUUAAUGAAGAAACAAAUGAAUAUUUUAUGACAUUCUCUAAUGAUUACGUUUGAAGAUUAAUUUCAACAAUUUACCUGGGAAUUCACUGACAUUAGGAAGGAUAUUUAAUGUAAUGAAAAAAAAAUACACGUAGUUCUGGGAAUAAUAAUGAUUUAUAACCUACAAAAUAAAUAUUUAGGAUAUAGAUCUUUUAAAAUGAUCAGACACAUACUAAAGAAAUAAACAAAAAAGAUGGCAACAGAAAUGGAAAUUGAUGAUUCCCUCUACAGUCGUCAGAGAUAUGUCUUGGGGGACCAUGCCAUGAAGAAGAUGGCUUCUUCCUCAGUCCUAGUCUACGGAAUGGGUGGAGUAGGAAUAGAAAUUGCUAAGAAUAUUGUCCUAGCUGGAGUGAAGGCUCUGACUGUUCAGGAUGGUAAUGUCUGUACUAUACAGGAUUUGGGGACACAAUUUUUCUUACGGGAGGAUGAUGUAAAGCAAAAAAGAAAUAGGGCAGAAGCCAGUGUAAACAGACUAAGUGAACUAAAUCCUUAUGUCAGUAUGAAUAUUUUAACAUACAGUAUAGAAGAUUCUACAGAUUUAGAUUACCUUAAACAAUACCAGUGUAUUAUAUUAACAGAGUUACCACUCAGUUUACAACUGAAAAUUAACAAAUUUUGUAGAGAACAAUCUCCACAAAUAACAUUUAUAAGUUGUGAUGUAUAUGGUGUGUUUUGUUCAGCAUUCUGUGAUUUUGGUGAUAGUUUUGAGGUAACAGAUAUAAAUGGAGAAGAGCCGAGAGACAUCUUUAUAGAGAGUAUAUCUAAGGAUAAUCCUGCUCUAGUCACAAUUUUACAAGUACGAGAGAAAACACAUGGUCUAGAAGAUGGUGAUGUUGUUACAUUUAGGGAGGUUAAUGGAAUGACAGAAAUUAAUGAGAAACAAUUUAAAAUAUCAGUAAAAUCUCCUGAAUCGUUUACCAUAAACUGUGAUACAAGUAGUGAUGAGUUUUCACCCUAUACACAUGGUGGCAGAGCCAUUCAGAUCAAAGGUCAAGUCACAUUAAAAUAUGAAAGCCUUGAAAAACAGUUAUAUGAUCCAAAAAUCUUAAUCUGUGAUCUUAGUAAAUUUGAGGCCCCCAAUUCUAUACACUUGGGAUUUAUGGCACUUCACAAAUUUAAGAAAGAAAACAACAGAUUGCCAAAUAUUUGGUGUAAAACAGAUGCAGAAGUUGUAUUAUCAUUAGUUAAACAGUUAAAUGAACAAAUGGUGACAAGAGUUGACUCCCUUGAUGAAGAUCUGAUACGUAUGAUUUCCUACACAUGUCGUGGAUGUUUUGCCCCUCUCUGUGCUGCCAUUGGUGGAUUUGUUGCACAAGAGGGACUUAAAGCAUUAACUGGAAAAUUUACACCUCUUAAUCAAAUGAUAUAUUUAGACUCUAUAGAUGUUAUAACUAAAGAAGAUAGGUUAAAUCCUUCUUUAUUUCAAUCAAAAAAUGACAGAUAUGAUUUAUUAAGAAUAUGUAUCGGGGAGAAUGGCUGCAGGAAACUGUCUCAAGUUAAAUUAUUUAUGGUUGGAUGUGGUGCUAUAGGCUGUGAAAUGUUAAAGAAUUAUGCAUUAUUAGGUGUUGGUUCUGAUGGAAAGAUAACCAUUACAGACAAUGACUUGAUAGAGAAGUCCAAUCUUAACAGACAGUUCCUCUUUAGACCCCAUCAUAUACGACAACCCAAGAGUACAACAGCAGCACAGUCAGUACUAGAAAUAAAUCCAGAUUUGAAAAUAGAACCUCAACAGUACAAAGUUUGUCCACAGACAGAAGAAUCUAACUACCCUGACUCUUUUUUUGAAUAUCAAGAUCUUAUAGUGAAUGCAUUAGAUAAUGUCGAGGCCAGAAGAUAUGUAGAUAGUCGAUGUGUAACCAAUCAGAGGCCAUUAUUAGAGUCGGGUACCAUGGGAACUAAAGGUCAUGUCCAGGUUAUAGUACCACAUAUCACAGAAUCAUAUGGCAGUCAGAGAGAUCCAGUGGAUGAAGAUGUACCUUAUUGUACACUGAAAUCUUUCCCAGCAACUAUAGAACAUUGUAUACAGUGGGCGAGAGAUAAGUUUGAGAGUUCAUUUGUACAGAAACCUAGUAUGUUUAACAAAUUCUGGUCCAAAAAUAAAGAUGCACAAGAUGUGAUAGAGAAAUUAUUAGAUGGAUCCAGUAUAGAUGGUGGAGUUCAAGUCAGUAAAAUAUUGCACAACAGAUCAGCUACCUGGUCAGAUUGUAUCAAGUUAGGGAGGCUGAAGUUUGAAAAAUAUUUUAAUCAUCGGGCAAAGCAAUUACUUCAUCAUUUUCCAUUAGACACCAAGCAGAGUGAUGGAUCACUGUUUUGGCAGUCCCCAAAGAGACCACCUGUGCCACAGGAAUUUGAUGUGGCCAAUGAAAAUCAUAUGUCAUUUGUGAUCAGUACAGCCAGACUUUAUGGCCAUGCUGCAAAUAUUGCUCAGUCAUCACAGGAUACAUCAAUAGAAGCAGUUAUAAAGAUACUACACUCAGUGGUAGUUCCUACAUUUCGUCCAUCUUCUAAGAGAAUAGUAACAGAUGAAUCAGCCUCUAAACCAUUGGAUGAAGGACCAGCAGAUGGGGAUGAGUACCAAGACGCAGCCAAUAGAAUACAACGUGUCAUCAACCAAUCAAAAAGUCCUAAUGAAGUAACAUCAGUGAUGAAGGUAGCUGACUUUGAGAAGGAUGAUGAUACAAAUGGACACAUAGACUUCAUCACUGCAGCAGCUAAUUUACGAGCCAGUAUGUAUGGUAUAGAAUGUUCAGACAGAUUAAAAGUAAAGAGAAUAGCUGGUAGGAUUGUUCCUGCAAUAGCUACGACCACUGCUGCUGUAGCUGGGCUGGUGUCUGUGGAGUUACUGAAAGUCCUUGAUAUGAAACAACCUAUAGAAGUUUAUAAAAACUGUUUCCUGAACCUGGCCUUACCAGUGUUACUGUUAUCAGAGCCAGGACCAGUGGAAAAGACAGUACUAAAAGAGGGUCUAACAGUAACAAUGUGGGACAAAUGGGAAGUCAAAGGCAACAAGACAUUUGUGUUACAACAGUUCUUACAACACUUCAAGGAUGUAUAUGGAUUUGAAGCAACAAUGGUCGGGCAUGGUGUAAAAAUGGUGUAUGUACCAUUUAUGCCAGGACAUUCUAAACGACUAAAUCAGACCAUGGAGAAGUUACUGAAGCCUCACCCUGGUCAGAAGUAUGCUGAUCUGGUGGUGUGUCUACAGGGUGAUAAUGAAGAGGAUAUAGAGGGGCCACCCAUUAGAUAUUACUUUGGACUGUGAUAAACAUACCAAUGGUCUUUCAUUGUGACAGUACUUUUAUUGUAUGAGUAUUUCUGUCUGUUUGUGAACAGGCUUUUAUUGCCUUAUUGUAUGAGUGUUUUUAUCUACAUUUAUGAAAGAUGUCAAAUGUACAAUUUUUGCUGUUUUUUAAGAAUAUUUGAUGGAUGCAAAGUUUGUAGUUCCUAAAUAUUUCAUUGUUAUAUGAGUGCUUGUAUGGCUGUUAUUUAUGACAGAGUGAAUGUUCUUUUUAAUAUGAUGAAUGUCUUGAGAAUAAUUGCCAGGUUUAUGUAUAAAAUGGCAAUGAUUAUUUAAGUUAUUUUAAUGUACACCCAAUGUAUGUACAUUUGUAGUAAAAUAAAUUAAUAGCAACUGAAAUCAAUGAAAUUGAUUAAGGAUGCAGCAAAUUUGUUCUUUUAUUCAUAAACAUAAAAAAAUUAAAUGGAAAACAUUAUCCCAAAAAAAUUGCAUCCAUACAUCUAACAAAACUUCUGUAAAAAAUAAAACAAAACAACAUAAUUGCCAAGGAUAUCUAGCCAAUGCUUUAAGUGUCACUAUACAUUUAAAUGGUUUGUUUUUUCUUCUUCAAAAUAUGGCAUUAUUUACUUGUUAUAAGCAAUUAUUCAAUUAUUUCUUUUUUUCAGUUUUGUGUUGAAAUAAUUUGUAUAAAAUUCAAUUAUUAAUCAUUUAUGAUGCCAUGAUUCAGCUAUAUAUUUACUAUUAUGUUCACUAUUAGAUUAACAUAACAAAUAUCAGUAUGAUAUACACAAAUGAAAGUGCUAGGAAAGAUAUGAUCAAAUCCCCUUGAAUUGUACAAAAAAACAACUUGCAGCAGUUAAAACAUUGUUAUGUAUGAGUUUAAGUCAUCUUAGUUGUAUAAAUACAAAACAAAUUAACGAAAAAACAAAUAUUCUGAUGAUGACUAUUCAUUUGAUUCUGACUUGUGUACAUUGGUUAACGUGACGGUACCCAAAUUGCACCUAUUUUGACAGUUUUUUCACCUACGUUUUCUUAUAAUCAAGCAAUAAAUGUCCUUCAUGUGUUUAUUUUGUAGCCCUAUCCUUCUUUAUUGUAAAGGUACACCAAUUUUAAUUUUUAAUCCAUAUUGAGUCAUAAAAAAAUGGGUUUGAAUCAACCUCCAAACUAUCCAUGAUUCUGUAAUGAGGAGUACCCAAAUUGCAUCCCUGCUUAAAUUCACAUUG